AUGUCGCUAUCUUCCGAGCUGCGCGACCAGUACACGGAGAUCAUCGACUCCAUUCUGGGCAAAAGCGACCUGAAUACCAUCUCCGAGAAGCGGAUUCGCAAAGGGCUCCAGGAUGCCGUCGGCUAUGAUCUCACUCCGCAAAAGCGAAGAAUGGCGUCGCGGAGUCACCCGAGGAGACCACAGCUAGCAAUGGUCACCGGGGGGACUCUGCAUCUGCAGUGCCUUCCCCUCCCCCCUUCCUCUUCUCCCGUGAAGCGACAAGCAGAUAGCGAAGAGGCUUCCGAUCUAAGUAGCGCCUCUCCCCCUCCCAAGAAGCGCAAGCCAGACACCGACGUUGACGCCGAUGCUGAGUUUGCCGCGAAGCUACAGGCUGAAGAGAACCUGCGCGCAAGACCCACGAGAGGAGGAGGUAAUCGACGUGCAGCUCCCACCAAGAAGAAGAGCAAGGCCAAGACCUCUAAGAGGGUCAAGGCGGAGGAUGACUCCGAUAUCGAAUCGGGAUCAGACACAAAAAAGGAGGUCACUCGGACUGGCGGAUUUCACAAACCCCUUAACCUAUCGCCUGCAUUGUCUUCCCUGCUAGGUGGAGAGUUGACGCUUUCUCGUCCCCAGACGGUUAAGAAGGUUUGGCAAUACAUUCGUGAGAACGAGCUGCAAGACCCUGCCGAUCGCCGCCAGAUUCGAUGUGACGAACCGAUGCGAGCUAUCUUCAAGCAAGACCGAGUUCACAUGUUUACGAUGACCAAGAUUCUCAAUCAGAACUUGUAUAACCCGGAUGAAUAA